GCCGCUUCCUCCCCGAUUGGGAAUUCUUUUUUUUUUUCCAACAAAACGAGCGCCGCUUAUCAACGCAAUUUAGCUAACUGUUCAACCAUUUGGCCCUACCAUGUGGUGAAAAAAAAAAAAAAAUAAAUAAAUAAAUUGCUCAGAGGAAAACAAAGCAAAAGUAACUUGGCGAAGGGAACUUUACCAUCCGCAAGAGAUAAAUCCCUUUGGGCAGUCACACGUAAUUACCCCUUUGAGGUUAAGCAUAUGCAUACGAAUGCGUUUGUAUAUGCGUAGGAAAAAGCUGCUUGCCGUAAGAGAGACUUCUAACCCCUCUGCUGCUGCGUCAGCAACGCCAAGAUGAUACAAACAGAGAGGAAAAACUGGGUGGACAUCGACGUAGAAGAUGAAGAGUCGCAGAAUGAAAAUGAAAACAAAAAAAAAUGGGAAGACAUAGACGCAGAUGACGAUCUGGAGAGCAACAAAAAGUUGUCCUAUUUCACCAACUACGAAAAUGGGAUCAAAGUGGUCACCAAGUAUUCGGAGAACCUGAAGAAGCAGACGGUGAAGGUCACCAAGAAAAUAAAAGAAGUGGUCAUCAAGAAAAAACUCAACAAGGAAAUCAACAACAGGCUGAACUUGAAGAACUUCAACAUCGACACGUGCAGCUCCGUGAUAGUGGAGCCGACGGACGUGGUGAACAUCGAAGUGCCCAAGAACAACCUCCUGGACUUCCUCAAGGGGACGGAAUACGACUACCUCUUCACCGAGCAGGCCGACAAGACUGCCAAGGACUUGAAGAACAGAUUCAAAAUAUUUAAGGAUGAGGAUGUGGAGGAAGUCAAGCCGGAGGACCCCAACAAACUGGCCGCCAAGAGAGACAUGCUGUUCUAUCGAUCACACGACACCCAAAACAAGGAGUGCACCGUGCGCGUGACGAACCUCAGCGAAGACGUCAACGAAAGCGAGCUGUCCAACCUCUUUGGAAGAGUUGGCCAAAUUUCGAGGAUGUUCCUGGCCAAGCACAAGGAAACGCAAAACUCGAAGGGAUUCGCCUUCAUCACUUAUUCCAAUAGGGAAGAAGCGAAGAGGGCCAUCGAGAAGUUGAAUAGGCACGGGUUUGAAAACCUGUUGCUCAGCGUGGAAUGGGCCAAGCCGUCCAACCGAUGA